UGAAAAAAACGAAAUAUUAACCUUUAAUUAAACAAAUUCAUCUAAGAUCAUUGUAUUACGUGUAUUAAUUGUUUUUUUAGCAUAACUUUGAUUUUGACCCCUGUGAUUUCCGGACUAGCAGUUGCCGUCCCCAAUUAUCAAAUUAAUGUAUUCAAACCCUUUAUAUCUGAAAGAUGCGUCAAUUUUUAAAAAAUUAAAACUCGAAGACCUAUAUAUUGUGUACUUCUAAUACUGGAACUUAAACUUAUAAAAAAUAAAAAGGAAAAAGACAUAAAUCACAUACUUUUAAGGUAAAUUAUCAAUUGUUCCUUAUAAUUUCAUAAUUACAGAAAUUUCUCAAAUUAAUACAUUAAUAUGAUGCGCGAGAUACACUAAUCGUUAAGUAAGAUGCAUUACAUUUUAUGCAUAACACACCAAUCUGAGGUACACUUUAUAUAUGAUACAUUCGUCUGAUGUGUGAGAUACAUUAAUCUGAUGUCCGAGAUACAUUAAUUUGAUACGUUGAUACAUUAAUCUGAUGUGUGAAAUAAGAGAUUUUGAAAAUCUAUAAAAAUAAUAGGGGAUAAUGGUAAUAAGAGAGUUUAAAUGUGGGAUUUGUAUCAUUUUUACAAAAUAAAAUCACACUACUUGGGGAAAACGGUAAAAAAAAAUUCCUUCUCUUUUCGUUAAUGUCGAACCGAAAUAUGACUUCCUUCUCAAGCUAAUCCGGCCAUCUUUUCUUGCUAAACAAGUCGAUUUUAAUUUCCUGUCCAAUAUUUUAGUUAUCUAUAAAUAUAAGUGAUCAUUAACGAUCAAAUUUCACCAGUAUUAUUAGCUUUUUUUAGUCACAUUAUUAUUGUAUUUUGCAAUAGGUAUUUAAGAAUUCGAAGCAAUGGAAUUGGAAGCAGGAAAAGGGCAACAAGUAUCUGCUAAUGCUGCUGUAACUUCUUGUGGAUGGAAGAAGUCCAUUGAUGGUCGCUUUAUGAGCAAUUUGAAGGAUUUUGUGAAUACCCCUAUGGCUGAUCACAAGGUUUGCUUCAAAAAUACGAUUGACGAGAAGGUUGAAAAUUUUCGAAAGCAAGUUCAUAAGCUUAAAAGGUUGGGAAAGUUUUGCGACCAUUCAAUGGCUGCCCGCAGAGGAGAAUCAUUAGAGAUUCGAUCGGACAUGACACACGCAUAUGUAGCUUUUGAUCAAUUUUAUUAAUAUUUCAGUUCUCUUUUGUUUUUUUUUUCCUUUAAUGGCAUUCCUUGAGUUACCUGAUCAAAAUUUUGCAAUU